AUGGCAACCAUGACUCUUUCUUGCAGCCCUGUCACCAAGCGCGAUGAUUCUCGGGUAGACUUUGGUGCUGAACUGACUGGCUUUGACGUUGAAACGAUGACAGACGAUGACUUUGACUUUAUCCGUCGUACCUUGUAUGAGAAUCAAGUUGUCGUGAUCAAAAACCAAGGCAAACUCUCCCCACGUGCCCAGUACGAGCUCACUCGACGCUUCGAUCCUUCCGCCGGUGUCUACAGUCAUGGGAAAUCGAUCGAUAAGCGCAGCGUGCUCCACGCCGACCUGACAACCAUCCCUCACCAGCCACAAGUUCAAGUCAUCGGCAGCGGGUUCGUCGAAGAGUACGAGGGACUGUCGAACAUCCGUCUGAAACACCCACAUCACAAUACGUUUCACAAGAACCCCAUAUCACCCGAAGAAGAUCACGACUAUACGCACUUCUACCGUUGGCACAUUGACUCGGCCAUGUACAAUCUUGAUCCACCUCUGGUUACCACGCUGUUAGCCGUCAAAGUCCCCAAGGGCCGGCGCCAGACGUGUCGCUACGACGACGGCACAGAAACUACUCUCGACGUGCCUCUUGGAACGACUGCGUUUUUCAGUGGAUAUCGCCUUUACGAUAUGUUGUCCGAGGAAGAUAAGCAUUUCGUCCGUACCAGCAACGCUGAAUACGCGCCUCAUCCAUACAUCUGGAUGAGCAAGGCCAAGUCACGCUCAAAUGGCUUGGGGAUUAUAUCAGAGGGGUUGGAGCUUGCUGAAGACCAGUUGCCUCCGUUCGAUACUUCAAAGAUCAGGGUAUAUCCUAUGACUUGGAAGAACCCCGUUACUGGUAAGCUUGCAAUGAUGGUUUACCCAACAUGUGUGCGGAAAAUUCAUGUUGAGAAUGGGGAGGUGCUUGAUGAUCUUGCGGAGAUCCGAGAACGACUAUACAAGAUGCAGAGACGGGCUAUCGAUCCUUGCUAUUUGUAUACUCAUGACUGGGAGGAGGGGGAUCUAGUGCUUUUCAACAACCAUGGUGUGAUGCAUUCAAUUGUUGGUUCGUUUGCGGAGGAUGAAGUGCGGGUGUUCAGACAAUGCAAUAUGGCUGCUAGUCGACCUCCUUUGGCGCCAGAUGAUAGCGUGCGUAAUGUUUAG